AAGAAAAUGAGCAAUCCUCGUUCUCUCUAUGUGAAUAUGAUGAUAUAUUCAUCGGCUGUGUGGAUGAUAUGCCGGUGGUGUCAUGUCACCAUGACGAAGGAGAUAGUCUGUGGCUAUGGACAAUGAAGGAUGUGAUGAGGGCGUCCGUUGGUGUAAUGGGAGAAAGUGCAUUAGGAGUAACUGAAAAGGUUGUGUUUUUAGAUGGUAAGUGCCAUGUUCUUAAAAGGUUUAGAACGGUUUGUGUUCAGAGGAAGGUGUUUGCACAACGUAUAGCUCGAUUAGCAUCCCUUUGUGAACAGUGUGCUUAUCUUGUUCCGCUAAAUGCUUAUCUUUACUCGAAAAGGUUCAAGUUUGUAGUUUGCGACUAUUACCCCAUGGGUAGCCUCCAUGAUUUGCUUCUUGGACCAAGGAAACUUGGACACACACCUUUAACAUGGAAUGAAAGGUUCAAGAUAAUCUUCCAAAUAGCAAGAGCCAUUGCCUUCAUUCAUUCGCAACCUCGACAAGACAAAGACCUCAUGGUCAUCAAUAUCCAUGGCAACCUCAAAACCUCCAAUAUCAUGAUUGAUAUCGAUUUCAGCAUUCGUAUAGCUAAUUACGGUUUUACCCAACUUGCAACCGAAAUAUGUGAUGUUGAUAAACAAAAAGCACAAUCGCCGCCUUCCCCGUUGCCACCGGAAAACAACAUAGAUAAACUAUUGUCACAAAAAAGUGACAUAUAUCAUUUUGGAAUGAUGCUUUUGGACAUACUUGGAGGCCCAAAUGCUUUAAUUUCAACACAAAGGGUUUUUGAAAGAAAAGAGGAUAUCUUAAGUAAUAAGUUUGAGUUUUUUGAGUUCCCCUACGAAGGGACGGACAAAAUGCAAAUUUUCAAGGUUUUCGACAUUGCCAUGGCAUGUGUGCAUAGGUUACCUCAAGUUCGUCCUACUAUAGAAAACAUACUGUUAUAUUUAUGCAAGUAAUA